CUCUCCACUCCCCACCACUCCGCCCCAACGGCUCCCUCCCAUGUCGCCGCCGCCGCCGCCGCCGGAACCCUAGACCCUCCCACCCCAGCUCUGCUCCGCUCCACAAUGCCGCGCCCCUCCUCGACGUCGCGCCCCGCCCCCGUCCGCCUCCGCCGCAGGCCGCUCAAAACUCCCCUCCUCGCCCCCGCCGCCGCCUCCUCCUCUUCCGCCGCUGCCACCCGCGGCGGGCCCGGCACUCCGCACCUGGGGUGGGGUUCGGCCGCGGGGGAAGGCGGGGAGGAGAAGAAGGCCGACGCGGCUGCCGGGGCCUCGGGCCGCUCCGUCAGGCGGCUCGCGGCGGCCGUGUGGCGGCUGCGGCCGGCGGAGGAUGCCCCUCCCCCCGCCGCCGCCGCGCGCCGCGCCGCAGGUCAUGUCGGCCUCGAGCACAUACCAAGACAUCUACAAGUUCAACUACUCAGGAAGGAUCAUGUUGGUAAUCGGUAUGGCCUGAAGAAUGAGAUUUCAAGCCCCAUUUCUGUCUUGGAACGACACAGUGGAGAGCUCCACAAGGCCCAACUUCAUCAUGCUUCAGAUGUAUUUCCUACCACCUGUUUGGAGAAUGCAACAAAGUGGGAGCUUGACGGCAUAAAGGGGACAGAGUCAGAUGAUGCCUAUGCGAUUGCCAACCAACUAAAUAUCAUUGAUGAACAGAAGGGGGAAAAUUAUGUAUCAACCCUCCAGGUGAAGCUUCAGCAGACACAGGAUAGGGUGGGCAAGCUAGAAGCUGAGCGGCUUUCAGCCAAGAAACAACUAGACCACUUGUUCAAGAAACUAACAGAGGAGAAAGCUGCUUGGCGGAAGAGAGAGCACAAGAAGGUUCAAGCCAUUGUUGAAGAUAUGAAGGCAGACCUCGAACAUGAGAAGAAGAAUCGGAAACAACUAGAGAAGAUUAACUUAAAGCUUGUUGAUGAGUUGAAGGAGGUUAAAAUGGCAGCAAACAAUCUGUUGCAGGAGUAUGAUAAUGAGAGGAAGACACGUGAGCUCACUGAGGAGGUGUGCACCAAGUUGGUGAGGGAGUUAGAGGAACAAAAGGCCGAAAUUGAAGCCUUGAAGCAAGAGUCUCUUAAAUUGCGCACAGAGGUGGAUGAGGAUAGGAAGUUGCUGCAGAUGGCUGAGGUGUGGCGUGAAGAGCGUGUGCAGAUGAAACUUGUUGAUGCUAAACUCACCCUAGAAGCCAAAUAUGCAGAGUUGACCAAACUGCAACAGGAUGUUGAGGCAAUCGUUGCCUCUUUCAGUGACGACAAGGGAGAUGGUACCACAGUUCAAGUAGCAAAAAACAUUGUACAGUCAAUUGGAUCAGCCAGGGAACAAGAGAUUGAAUUCAAGUAUGAUCCACCACCAGCAUCGGAUGAUAUAUUAUCCAUCAUUGAAGAGUUACGCCCUAGUGAAGAGCCUGCGACGAGGGAAACUGAACCAUGCCAUAAGCACAACUCUCCCUUACAUGAAUCAGAAAACCAGGAAGAUUGCCCAAUGGCUGAUAUAUUCCUGGAAAACCCAACCAAAGUGUACUCAAAUAAAAGCCCUUAUAACGAGAGUGACAUGGAUGAUUCCAGCAGCUGGGAAACCUUAAGCAAUGAAGAGAGGCAGGGCUCAAGCACUUCAAGGAAUGGAAGCGAACCUUCAGUCAACAAGAUAUGUGACAAAAUUUCCUGGACCAGUGGAGAUGAUUCUGAGGCUGGGCGGCAUGACACCCUGAGUGGUGAAUUGAUCGAUGCCUACUUCGCAGACAGAAAACAAUCCAAGAAGAAAGAGUCAGCCAUAUCAAAGCUCUUGAAGUCAUCCCCUCUGAAAAGCUGUGAAAUCUUCAAGAAAGAUGUCGUGGAGAUGAUGAACGGGAGAUCAUCAAACGAAAGGUUGUCAAAUGGCAUGCAUUCUUCAAACGAAGGCGCCAAUCAAGAUGUGGGACUCAGCUCACCAAGUAUAGGGCAGUGGAGCUCUCCUGAUUCGAUGAACAGCCAACUCAACCGUGGGUUCAGAGGCUGCAUGGAGAUGGUUCAGAAGCAGAGCUUGAAGGCGAAGCUUCUAGAAGCUCGGAUGGAGAGCCAGAAGAUCCAGCUCCGCCAUGUGCUCAACCAGAAAACUUAGAACUGCAAGAACGGAAGAGCGACAGGCUCUGCAACCCUGCAAUUUACAGCAAGAAAUAAGUCCAAGCACACGAUUUACUCAGUUUCCUCCUGUGCAUUGUAGCCUAGUCUCCUGUACCUUUUAGUAUUUGUAUUUCAUAGAAAUGAAUAGCUAGCUGGUUGUGGCCUUGUAUUGGUAGGCUGGCCUGGCCGUAGUUAGUUGAUGCUGUGCCAUUGUGGUACUACUGAAUGCUGCUUGGAUGGUUAACGCAGCAACAUUGUACAAGCAGCAUUUUUCAGACAAACUCUCCGAAGAUUUGUAAUCCAGAUGACUCGCAAGUGUUUAAAGCUCUAAACUCAGAUCGCCUUUGGUCUUUUGUAGUUAAUUACGACAUUC